AUGAAUCCCCAUUGGAAGAGCAAUCUUCGUUUCAUUAUCUUAUUUUUACUCACAUUUGUCAGGACUAGCAAUAUCGAUGAUGAUAAUAAAUUCCCAUUUGAAACUGUGGUUGAUAUCCUAUCCAAUGACGUACAGUUUUCCACAUUUUUAAGAUUGGUCCAAAGAAAAGGAUAUGUCCCAUACUUGAAUGAAUUGCAAAAUUUUACUUUGUUUGCACCUGUAAAUUCAGCAUUCAUUGUUAACGAUGAAGGAUCCAUCCUGGGCGAGAAUCAAUUCGAUCUAGAAAAUUAUUUGUUGCAUAAUCUUACAUUAAAUCUUUCUGUGCGAAAGGAAAGCAUGACGAUAAUAAAUCAAUAUGUUAAGUUCCCAUUUAUAAUUGAUAGCAUUAACAAGACUCAUAGAACCCCAACGGUCAAUAAUAUUCGGAUUACUGAACCUGAUCUAAAACCGAAUUUCCAGAAUGCAUACAUUCAAGGUAUAUCUGGCCUAAUUUCGACACCACCACCCAUUAAAGCAUUAUUGACUUAUCUACAAGAAAAUCCUAAAUAUAAUAAUGAGUUCACGUGGAUCGAAAAGUUUGCAAGCAAAUUCGAGAAUUUGGAAGAUAUCGUCCAGAAUAAUACAUUCUUACUCCCUUCUAAUUCAAAUAUUCGUAAGUUUUAUAAUCAAAUUGAGGCGAAUUAUCUAAUAGAUAAUUUUAGCCAGAAAAAAGGUUUAGAUAGAAAAAUUCAAGACAAAUGGGACCGAGAUGCUUUAAAUUUCCUUCAAUCUAUCAUACUUAAAGAUGUGACUGGUGGUUCUAACUUGCAUAAUACUCUUCGCACAAAUCUUAAUAAUGUUACACUAGUUUUGGAAAAUUGCGAUCAUUCUAGAAAAAUCACUGUGAACCAUUCAUCACCAUCAAUAUUAACUAAUGAGAUCUUCGUCAACGGUAUAGCACAUGGAUUUAUAGAUAUAGAUGCCAUUGUCGAUGUUGUACAAUUUGAUGCUGAAAAGUAUCUCCAUGGAUUAAAUAAUUCCAAAUUCGUCGAAGAAAUUUAUUUUAGAAAGCUACAACAUCUUAUUCAAGAUGAGAGUAGUCUUGAGAAUAUAACUAUUUUCGUUCCGGAACCAUCACUCAAUGAUGAUAUUGGUUUUACAAAAUCAACAAUUCUUUAUCACUUUGUAAAGGAACAAUUAUGGCUAGAAGAAAACGAAGCAUUAGCGACAAGUGCUUUUUCCUCGAACGCAAAUAGGUACCUCAUAGAUUCCUCAUUUUGUUCAUCUAACAAAAGGUUAGGCGGAAAAUGUCAAAAGUUAAAGAUUAGCAAGACUAAUGAGGGUUACUUCAUUAACAACAAAAUAAAAAUAUUGAACACGAAACCGUAUAAAAUUGGUAGCUCACUAAUUUACACCAUAAGUAAGGAUAUUGCACUUCCGGGGGAUUUCCUCUUAUCCCUUCCUCCCCUUUAUCAUUGUUCUAGGUCCAUAGAAUUAUUGAAACAACUGGAUCUUUUGACACUAGCCCCAAAUUAUAAAGGUUAUACCAUAUUUCUGCCGUGUUUUGAUGCAUGGACUGAGCAAGACCUCAUUUUUAAUUAUUUAGAGUCCAAUCUAACAGCUGCCAACAUCUCCAUGAAAAAUUUGAUUAUUAAUGGUUUAUAUUAUACAGUUAAUUCCCUGCAUGGAAAGCAAACAACUAAUUUACUAGGUAAUGAAGUUUUAAUAUCAACUGAAGAGGAUUCAUAUGAUAGUGAUAUUGCCACAGAAUUCAUGCUUAGUACUAUGAAGGAUCCGAUUUCAGUCGAGAAGAAUUCUGACAUAAUUUUUGAUCAAGGUGUCAUACACCCUUUAAGAGAUAUAAACUUCCCCAAGGAUUUGUUUAUAACAUUGAAAGAUUUGAUUAAAACUGCAGGUGUCCCAGAAUUUUUGGAGUUUCUAGAGAACUUCCAGGAAUUUUCUUCCAUUUUCGCAUAUAAUGAAUCCUAUUCCUUAUUAGUACCGACGCAGGCGUCUCUGAUACGAGAAGGAAUAAAUCUGAAUUUUACAUCGUUAAAGGAGUUUCUCAAAUUACAUAUCGUGACUGGUAAUUCUACAGUUAAUUUAUUGGGCUGUAAAGGUAAGAUAAGUACAUUAUCUGGUUAUGGCUUAUCUUGUAACGAAGUAUCCAAAAAUAACUUGUUUUUACAUGUAGAUAGUGGAAGUAAUAAAGAAGUAAGAAUAUUAAAAAAAGGAUGCAGUACAGUAAAAAAUAGUUCGUGUGUUUUUCUGAUAGACCGUCCAAUUUCAUUAAAUUGGCUUCAAAAAGAAAGGUACUACUUAAAGCUCCCUGGAGUAGCUAUCGGUAUAGGCGUUCUGUUGGGAGCACUUUUUACUUCACUUCUUUGCUUCAUCUUAGUCCUUCCCAUUAAUAAGACGAAAGAAACUAGUCAAAUAGAUGAUAAUAGCCAAUAUCCGCCACUUCCAACAAACGAACAAACUUUGACAUCAAACUACGGUAGUACUCACGGUACACCCUCACUAUCCCCAAGGUUCGAUGAUUCGUAUUCUCCAAAUUCUAAAAGGAAACCCAUUGGGGUUGGAUCAUCACCUCACUUGAAUAGAUGCUGA